AUGGGUUCAUACGGAGGAGGCUAUGGAGGCGGUCGUGGAGGAUCCUCUAAUGGAUACGGCGGCAGUAAUGGUUAUGGUGCACCAGCAACAAAUGGCUACUCAAAUGGCUAUGGCGGGGGCUAUGGUGCUUCAACGAACGGCUACAGCGGCGAUGGAUACGGCGGAUCUUAUGGUGGAGCCGGUGGUGACAAAAUGUCAAAUCUGGGUGCUGGCCUCAAGGCUCAACAUUGGGAUAUCGCUUCGUUACCAAAAUUCGAAAAAUCUUUUUACAAGGAGUCUCCCGAAAUUUCUGCUCGGAGCGACCGUUCGGUAGCGGACUUUCGCAAGCUUAAAGAAAUAACUGUACAAGGAAGCAAUGUCCCCCGUCCCGUUGAGACUUUUGACGAGGCGGGCUUCCCCAAAUAUGUCAUGGAUGAAGUUAAAGCCCAAGGAUUUACGCACCCUACCGCCAUCCAAUCACAAGGUUGGCCGAUGGCACUUUCCGGGCGAGACGUUGUCGGGAUUGCUGAGACAGGUUCUGGGAAAACUCUCACAUACUGUCUGCCUGGCAUUGUACACAUUAACGCGCAGCCUCUCCUUGCCCCUGGCGACGGGCCAAUUGUUCUCGUACUUGCUCCAACUCGAGAGCUGGCUGUUCAGAUUCAACAAGAGAUGACCAAAUUUGGCAAGUCUUCCCGUAUUCGAAAUACUUGUGUCUAUGGAGGUGUACCCAAGGGAGGUCAGAUACGUGAUUUAGCGCGGGGAGUCGAAGUGUGCAUCGCAACCCCUGGCCGCCUGAUUGACAUGUUAGAGUCUGGAAAGACUAACCUUCGUCGUGUUACCUAUCUUGUUCUUGAUGAAGCUGAUCGCAUGCUGGACAUGGGGUUUGAACCCCAGAUAAGAAAGAUACUCGGCCAAAUCCGUCCGGAUCGGCAGACAUGCAUGUGGUCCGCAACAUGGCCAAAGGACGUUCGCCAGCUUGCCUCAGAUUACCUACAGGACUACAUACAGGUCAAUAUCGGCUCGAUGGACCUCUCUGCUAACCACCGCAUAACGCAAGUGGUAGAGAUUGUAUCAGAAUUCGAGAAGCGCGACAAGAUGACAAAGCACUUGGAACGCGUCAUGGAGGAUCGUGAUGCCAAGAUCCUUCUCUUUACUGGUACCAAACGUGUAGCUGACGAGAUUACACGCUUUCUCCGACAGGAUGGAUGGCCAGCGCUUUCCAUCCACGGCGACAAGCAACAGAAUGAGCGCGAUUGGGUGCUCAACGAAUUCAAGACGGGCAAGAGCCCGAUUAUGGUUGCUACUGACGUGGCAUCACGUGGUAUUGAUGUCAAGAACAUAACUCAUGUUUUCAACUAUGACUAUCCCAACAAUUCAGAAGAUUAUGUACAUCGUAUUGGUCGUACUGGACGAGCUGGUUCGAAGGGCACUGCAAUUACGCUCUUCACCGCAGAAAACUCAAAACAGGCUCGUGAUUUGGUUGCCGUUCUGAACGAAUCAAAACAACAAAUAGACCCUCGCCUAUACGAGAUGGCUCGCUUCGGCGGAGGCGGAGGUGGCCGUGGUUACGGUGGUGGUCGUGGUGGCGGCCGUGGUGGAGGCCGUGGUGGAUAUUCAGGCUCCAACUCGGCUCCGAUGGGCGGCAAUCGACGUUGGUGA